AUGUUCGAUGUGGUUGUUAUCGGUGCAGGUAUAUCUGGACUGGGAGCCGCCCACCUACUCACUCGUGAAUCGUAUAGUGUUCUAGUGUUGGAGGCACGCAGUCGUCCAGGUGGCCGAAUACAUAGCGUGCGCCUACCCUCAUUAUCAACACCUGUUUCUAAUGCCCAAUCAAAUAUCAAUCAUGAUAACCUCAGUACUUAUCAUUUCCAUAUUGAUGAACAAAAACCUAAUACGUCAGUACACGAAUCAUCCGAUUCUGAUAGUUCCAUGUCAUCUCGUUCUCCUCCAUGUGGUCACCAAUCAUUUGAUCGUCAAUUAGAUGAAAUUAAUUCGGAUUAUUCUGGUCCGAUUGAUGUAGAUCUUGGCGCAAACUAUUUAAUUGGUUGUUCGAAUCGACAAGCUGACCAACCAUUAUUUCAUCUAGCUCGUAUGCUACGAAUUCCUACAGCUGUUACUGCUGGUGAUUUAUGCAAAAAAUAUCGCGGUUGGGAAUGUGUAGAAAUAGCCAAAUGGCUUAAUCAUGUUACUCCUAACUCGCCGAUAACUCCUGAUCAAGUUGCUGAUGGUGUAUUUCUGUUUGAUAAGGUUAUUCAUCUUACUGUUGAUCGUUAUAUGAAAAAAAAAUCUAAAACACAAUAUAAUCAUUCUGAUACUACAGUCAAAGAACUUUUUGAUAAAGCUUUACAAGAUAUAUUUGACACUGAAGCUCAAUGUGGAAUUCGUCCUUCUGCUAAUUUUCGCGAUCAUAUUGAAGAAGGCAUAUUCUUAUCUAUAGUUAGCCGUUAUUUAGCAUAUGUAAAUCCUAUAGAACGCUUGCCAUUAUGCGUUUUAGAUGAUCUCUGUGAAGUGGCGGACUCGAAAUGGCAAUCAAAUAUUAUCGGUGGAAAAUCUAGCAUAAAUACUGGACAACAUGGUUUAAAUCAAUCAUCAUUACUGACUCAACUUGUACAAUCCUAUCCUACAUUUGAUCAACGUAAAGCUUAUCAUGCUUGGGCAGAACGUAAAUUAGACGCUUUAGAAAAUAAUGAUAAGUCCUCUUUACCAUCGAUUGCUAAAUGCGUAUGUGUUAGCUGGGAGGAUCGCCUAGUGACUAGUCGAUUUAGUGACCUAUUGAAUCCAUUGCUUAAAUGUGUAAAUAUAAUCUACAAUGCUGUAGUUACGGAAAUUGAUUGGAGUAGAGCUGGUGAUACUACCAAUACUGCUAAUAAUAAUAUCAGCAAUAAUAACAAUAGUAUUAAUAAUAAUGAUACACACCAUAAUGGAAUAUUAAUAAAGGCAAUAGUGAAACGGGAAUCCCAUUUAACUCAAAAUGGUGAUGAUAAUAAUUUGACACAGGAUUCGUAUGAAGAGCAGAUAUAUGAAGCCAAACAUUGUAUUAUUACUGUUCCAGUUGGUGUGCUAAAAGGUCUUAAUCCGUCUUCAACAAUCACUUUCUAUCCGGAAUUACCAUUGAACAAACGUCAGGCUAUUGAACGUUUGGGAAUGCCUAGUCAAGGUUCGGCUACACAUGAAAAAGUAAUUCUACGCUUUAAAUAUCCUGAACAUGUGUUCUGGGAUACUGGUGCAGCUCAUCUCAAAUGUCCUGAUCCUCGUUUGCAUAUUCUAAAUUUGCAUCGUUAUGGCAAACCGGGUGUUUUAUGCGCUCAUUUAUGGGGAGGAUCUGGUCUCAAUUCAGCUAAUCGAUCAGAUAAAGAAAUUGUGGAUAUCAUAUUAGAUUUAUUAGACUUAAUGUACGGUGGAAAAUACGAACCUAAUUCUGAAGUAUCAGGCCGUAAAAUUCCCGACCCAGUGUAUUAUUUAGUGACCCGUUGGUCUGAAGAUCCUUUUGCUCUAGGCGCUUAUACUACCGGAGAGCCAGGUAGUUCCGAUGCUGACCGGUUAGUCUAUGCAUUAAGUUUAACUGGUUUGGAUGCCAAAAAUCAGCGGAAAACUGAAUUAGAAGAGGAUGUGUUUAUUGUUCACGAUAAUCUUAGUAGCAAUAAUGUGAACUUUACUACUGAUAAUGAGUUGACAAUUCCACGUCUUCUGUUUGCUGGUGAAGGAACACUGACGGCGAAAGAAGCCAAGGAAUGUACUCAUGGUGCUUUACAGACUGGAAUUGCACGAGCUAUUGAAUUAUUACCAUAUCUUAUGAAAUCUAAAUCUACUAUACCCGAUCCAUGUAUAAUACGUGAUUUGGAAAUUUUACGUUUACAUGCACAAUCGAAUUUUUCCAGUUUCAGCACUAAACUGGCUAGUUAUUUAUUCGGUAAAGUACAAUUAAAUCGUUUAUUAAAUUGUAAUAUAGCAAAUGGUAAACAAUACCGUCGUGUAAUUUUAACACGUUCUGCUGAACAUACUGCUAAAAUUCUAUCACACCAUACUACUAAUAAUGGUGAUAAUGAUGAGAAAAUAGACAUCAAACUUGAAAAUAUCAAUUAUAUGAUUGCUAAUAAUACUCCAUUCUCAAGAUCACCAUUUUAUGGUUAUCGUCGACGUUAUCAUCAUUCAUCUAAAUCUUGUUGGAAUACAGAUAAUGAAAAUUGUAAAUGUUGUUCAUAUGCUCAUAUUAGUAAACGUUCACGUCUUGCUGCUACUGGACGUAGAGGAAGAAGAGGGAGAGGGCGAACAAGGGGUUGUACAAUUUACAAUCAACGUGGUAAUUUGAACGCACAAAUCUCGCAUAGUUUUAUUGUGAAACGACCACGUGGAAGACCACCGAAACGACAAGGUCAUGCUGCGUUGUAUGCUAUUUCCAGAGCACAUCGUUAUUUACGAAGAGUGUCAUCAUCUAGACUAGUGUAUAAUCGAUAUAGAUUAGAAUCUUCCAAUUUAUUAAAUCAACCGGUUAACUCAGUAUUACCACCCUCCACGUCACCAACAUUGUCUGUACGAGGCAGAGGUCGGGGUCGAGGUGGUAAACGAGGUAGACCACGAAUACACUUCCCUCGUACUUAUGAAUCUACUGGUACAAGUUGGGGUAAUUAUCUAUCUGAAGAAGAUAGACAAGAAAGUUUAUUACAAUUAAGUAAUUUAUUAAAUGAUCUUCACUCACCUACACAAAAAUCUAAACAUGUUUGUGUAACUAUACCACAAGAAUUGUGUUUAAAUACUGAAAUUAUUCUUACUAAUGGUGAUACAACAACAGCAAUAUCAAAAGAUGAUGGAGUAGAAGAAGAUGAAGAAGAACUCCUGUCUCGUAUUGAUGAAGAUAAUUCUGUUAAUGACAAUAAUGGACAUCGUUAUGAUUAUUCAGGUUUGUCACUGGAGAACAACCAUGUGGAUGUUAUGCAAUAG